UCUCCCUCCGUCUCUCGGUUUCUGGCUGCCUCUGGUCUUAGUCUGCGCCCUCGCUCCAGCACUCCGGAGACGAGGCUGGGGUGCGCGCCCCCCAGCCAGACUGCUCAGCUUGCUCCAGUACUAGACCCGCCGGGGCUGCAGUGCACAGACGGAUCGGCAGACUGACUGACCCCGGCGCCCUGGAGAGCAGCGACCUCCGCGUGUAGCCCAUCGCCAUGGACCCCCCACCCCUGGACACAGCCAUCCAACAUGCCCUGGCAGGCCUCUAUCCCCCUUUUGAGGCCACGGCACCCACCGUCCUGGCUCAGGUGUUCCGUCUCCUGGAUUCUGACUUCCAUGGGGAUGGGUUGAGCUUCCUCCUGGAUUUCCUGAUCCCUGCCAAGCGCCUGUGUGAGCAAGUGCGUGAAGCAGCCUGUGCUCCCUACUCACACUGCCUCUUCCUGCACGAGGGCUGGCCACUCUGUCUGCGGGAUGAGGUCGUGGUCCACCUGGCACCCCUCAAUCCCCUCUUAUUGCGCCAGGGAGACUUCUACCUCCAAGUUGAACCCCAAGAGGAACAGUCUGUCUGUAUCAUGGUCAAAUGUCUCUCCUUGGACCUUCGCACAGUGGACACAAAACCUGUUCCUGCAUCAUCUUACCCUUUGCUUUUCACCCAAGCGUGGCUGGAGGCCAUCAACAGUGACUUUAAGGGAAGUCCCCUCCACAACUGCCUGGUAGCUUCCGAAGAUGGGGUUGUCCCUGUGCCCUGGACGAAGAUAACCAAUCCAGAGUUUGUGGGUGACAGGCCCCAAGCACUGAAUUUCCACUCCCCAGCCUGGGGGUCCCUUCAAUUAGAGGCUCUUGAUUUGAGCAGCUCUCAAGAGCUGCAGCAGGGCAGGCCCUCGGGCAGCCAGGAGCUUCUUGCUCACAGUUUGACCAAAGGUAGAAGCAGGACUUAUGGGAACAAGUACCCGGGACUCAUCAAGGUGGAACAAGCCAAGCCUGGGGAGGUGGAUUUCAGGGUGGAUGGUGUGGUCAGCCAGGACUUGGAAGGAGAAUAUGUGGCUCUCCUGGACUUGUCCCAAGAGAGCAGAGGGAGGUUUCCCAGUGGGGAGGUGGAGACAUCCAGUGCAUGUACUAUGGGGCCUCUGAAGGAGAUGCCUGGAACUAAGGAGAUCCCUUUCUCUCAGAGGAUGCUGCCUCCCUCAGGGACCCCUGGGAAGCCUUCCAUGGAAAAAAGGUCUUGUUGGAAAGCAGCCAGCUCAGAGGAGGAGCCCUUAGGCUCGAGGCGAAAGGUCAGCCAUAAAGCUCCCAGCCAUGACUCAGAACUUCAGCUCCAAGAGCCCUACCUCAGUGUCCUUGAGACAAGUGUCUCAGAAGAGCCAGCUGACUCUAAAAUGCAGGUACCGCUGGGAAGCCCAGAGAAUAUGAUUCAGCUCAGGCCUGGACCAAAGCACAAAUCCUCCCCCAGCCUGGGUCCAGCUUCUCCUCCUGUUGCUCCUGAAGCCACGACGGAGGAGAGGACCGACGAAGGAAACAGUAAACUUUCUAAACCCAUGACUGGCCCCAGUCAAGUCACUUCUUCCAGACCCCCCACUCCUGUGCUCAAAUUCUCAUUCUUGAGAGGGCAGAGACAAGCCCCCGAGUCCCCAGAGAGACCCUCCGUCCAGCAUGACCGGCCCUGGAAAGUCUUGUGUUCACUCUAUUCAUCCAAAGCCAAUCGAGCCAAGCGCCCGGGGAAAGCUGGAACAACUCAGACCAAAACAUCUGGCCUGGCUGCUGACUCAGACCCACUGACCAGGGGGGCGGCUGAUUUCCCAGAAGCUUCUGCCAGCCCUCCAGAAAGCAGCCCUACUCUGGAUGAGGAACCCUCAGGCCCUGAGCCCGGGAUUGGGGCUCUGAGUACAGAGCUCUUGCACUCCAGGAUAGCAUGCCUCCCAGGCUGUCAGGACAGGACUGGGCGGCCCCUGCUUCUGGUGUCGACCAAGGAAGAGGCCUGGGAGGCACCCUGGUGCACUCCCCCAGAGGUCACCAAGUUGCUCUCCUACCUGUGCACCAUCCCCAGGUCUGAAGAUAAAACCAAGGGGCUGGCAGUUGUGAUUGAUGCCAGGAAGCAACCCCCGAAGCCUAGUCUGCUCAGUGCCCUUCAGGCCACACAGGCUCUGAAGCCAGCUUCCAUCUGUGCCUUGCUUUUCCUGGGGGAGAAGGAGGCUGCUCUCCAGCUGGAGAAUUUACCUGCCAUCCAGGUAGAGGUCCUGACCUCAUUGAAGGCCCUCAGCCACCAUGUGGACCCCAGUCAGCUGCCCAGUGCCCUGGAAGGCUCCUUCCCCUACUGCCACAGCGAGUGGAUGCAAUUCUUCCAGAAAUUGGACCCUUUCCUUACUGACCUCCGCCAGUCCUCCUCGCUGCUCCGGGCAUCCAUCAAGGAGUUUGAGAAGGGGGACCCUCCUGGUGGAGUGCAGGAGGCCUCCAGGUGUCUAAGCAAGUCCAAGGAGCUGAUGGAAGCUGUGCUGAGGGACCCAGGCCUGUUGGGCCUCCAGAGGGAAGGUGGAGCCACCCUGGCCAGGCUGCAGCAGGAGGCCAGCAAGAUGGACUUCAACCCUGACAUCAGGAGCCAUCUGGCUGAAGCCACUGCUCUGUACAGCCUCGUGGAUGAGCAGCUGCAUAUCCUGGUCACCACAUCCAACCACCUCCUGGGGAGACUGGAGCUCCGCAUCCGCCUGGGCCGCCUAGAGGCUGCCAUCCACCAGGUCAGCAACUGGAUGGAGCAGGAAGGAAGCCGGUGCCUGCAGGUGCUGACGCCCAAGGACAGAAGCUUGGAGGCUGUGGAGAAAGCUCAUGCGGAGUUUGAGGACUUCUUCCUUCAGGCUGCAGCCCAGUACCGCUGUGGCCUGGAGCUGUCCAAGCAGGCGGCCCAGCUGGGAGCUGCAGCUGGAGGGACUGGUGAGGCAGAGGGGACAGGGUUCCCGGAGCUGGCAACCUUCACUGCCACGCAGAGAGCCUUUCAGGCUAAGCUGACCCACUUCUACAUGGCGGCUGAGCGGCAGCGCACGGACCUGGAAACACUGCUGCACCUCCAUCACUUCUGCAAAAAGAUGACCUGGUUCCACAUGGACUGUCAGGACCUGAUGGCCCAGCUCAGUCUGGGCAAAGCACAAAGGGCCAGCCCUGGCAACCAGCGCCGGCUGCACCGCUACCUGCAGCGGCUGGUGUCCGAGUUCCCCGCCGAGAAGCUCACCGCCAUGGGGCUGCAGGUGGCCUCCCUGAGCCGGGAAGACCUGGGCCAGGACCUGUGGGAGGAGGCUCGGGUGAGACACGAGGAGAUCCAUACUCUCCUGAAGAAGGCCUUGGCCCACUGUCCCUGCCCGGAGGGGCCCACUGCUCGCUUGGCACGCCUGGAACUAAGAGGGGCAGCCGACAAGGGCCAGAGAAGUUGGAACAGAGAAGUCACUUCCAGGGGAUGGCAAGACCUGCCUGCCCGGGACUCACUGGGCCUGAAUCGUUCAUCAAAAUCCUGUUGGCCUCCUCCGGCCCCCAGAGGGGGGCACAACAGAAAUUUCCAGGCAGGCACUCCACUCCAGGAAUCUGGUCAGGCAGUACAGGCUGAUGAAGCCAAAGAUCCCCACGAGGCCCUGGAUCUUGCCCCUGAGCGUUUUCUUGCCACUGUUUUCUCCUGGCAGCGGUUCCCCAGGCAGGGUCGGAGUCCCCACCCCACUGGGGGCAGCUUCUCCUCCGAGGGGACUGACUCACAGACAUCUUUAGAAGACUCUCCCCAGACCAGUCCCCCUGCUUCACUCUAACGGGGAGCCCUCACUAACCACACCAGGCCCCAGAGGGUGGCCGUGGGGUUCAGCUACAGAGGGAGCUGGGGGACCCUGGCCAGUCCCAUCAGGAUGUGGCCCCUGAGCAUUCGGAGUGUUUGGCUGAGAGAAUCUGGACCUGCUCCAGCUCCGGGAAACUCCUGGAAGACCCAGCUCAUCCAUGUGGAGUGGUGAGAGGACUAGACCAGGCGGGGCAUCUGAUCAGCUCUAGAAAGAACUGUCGGUACAGAUCCUCCCAGGGGUCUCGCUCUUAGGCAGACCAGGCGCCCUGCCAGAGGUUGGGGUACACAUGCUUUGCUGGGGGCAUAAAGGGGCAUCGUUACCCCCCUAUGGAAUCAUGGGUGGGAAGGCUUGGAGAUGAUUUCUUGUCCUGAGGCCCGGGGAAGCAGACCCUAGACAAGGAUUCCAGCGCAUGUUUAUUUGGCAGGGAUGCCCGCAGCCACUGGAGGAGCAGGGCAGUGAGUCUAGGAAGGGAAUAAAGGGAUGUUGUCAACAUGGCAUUUAUUUGCAGGCUCUACUGGCCUCAAGCAGAGCAUCACCUGCUGGAGGCCGGUUGUGCACGUGUCCAGAGGGGUGAGGAGGGAACGUCGCUGCCCUCUCGCCACUCGUCCUCUGACCACAUGGACCGUCAGCCUCAGAUGCAAGAAACCUCCCAGAGUCGUGUUCUUGCACUGCAGAGAGCCCUCUCCCCUGCGAGGUUUCUGUCUCCCCCUUUCUGCUAGGUCUCUUGAACUCCUCGACUUCCACCUCCCUGCCCCACUUCUCUUUAGAUGUGACCUCUGGAAAUCAGUGUCUUGGGGGUCCUACUGGUCCAGGGAACCCGGUAAAGGUAGGGAGUCCCAUCCCCAUCCAGCAGGUGGUGGUGAAGGGACAGCUGGAGUAGCCUUUCCACCUCUGCUCAUGGAGAAUCUGGAAGCCAGCAACCCUUCACACCACCGGAGUCACCCCUGCUAGCCCCUCCCCGAGUGACACCGUGCUCAGCGAGUCUGCCUUGUCUCUGCCUUAGGGUGACUGCCAGGAUGGCUUUCUGGUGGCCUAGCCCUGAAAUUUCCCUUGCUUUGCAAAGUUGGGGGGACACGCUUCCUCCCACAAGGAGAGAGAGGCAGGUCUGGGGCAGGCCUCGGCGGACAAAGCAUUUCUCAGGAGUCAUCUCGGCAGAGAGAACCACACAAACCUCACUCCCCAAAAUGGCACCAGGAAUCUCCUAAGACUGAGGAUCCCCCCACAUGGGGUCUGGGCCUGUCUGCACAAUACCAUGAGCAGAGAGGAUCAGAGGAAGCUUCCUAGGGGAUCCCACACCAGAUAAUUAAAACCAGACCCUUGGGGGUGAUUUAAAUCUGAAUUUGUGACCAACUGCUCAAGCAGUUCCCCUGCAACACAGUGAGGUGGGGGUGCAGUUGAGUCUGACCUGACCCCCCCAACCCCAAGCAGCUCUGCUUCUUGCAUUCCGCUCUCACACCUUCCAUCCAGACAGGCCCGAGGAUGCGUGUGAUCAGCCCGUCUCCAUCCAUGCCUGUCGCCUUCACGGGAGGGGUGAAGACUUUUAAAAAGCUGUUACCAUAGCAACAGCAUCCAGCCAGUGGGAACCACAGGCAGGGAGCCAGGGUACCUGGGGUGCAAGGAUGGAAACUGACUUCUGAGAGACUACAGCUGCUGCUAGGGAUGAGGGAGGGCAUAGGAGGGGGUGAAUGAUCUGCGAAUCCUUGGGAAGGAGGGGACCCCAAAUCAUCUCGUGCAUUGUUCUGGCUUUAAAGAGAACUGAACUGAAAAAACCUGUCUACUCAUAGCAAGAGAUGCAGAAAGGAAAUAUAAUAAUAAAGUAUAUAUGAAACUAAUGAAUAACAGGAAUGCUAAUAACUAAUUUUUUUUCUGCAUUCGCUUGGU